AUGAAAUUGGAAGAUACUGCAGUGAUCCGGGAGUGGGAAAGUAGAGAAUUAGCAGGGGCGGAUGUGAUCGGGGCGGACGAUAGACGACAGCGACUGAGCGUUGUGGCCGGCACCAGUGGCGGAAAACCUGGGGAUGAGGGUACAUUGCUGCUCAGCGAGGCUGGGACACCGCUACGUACCUGGCCCUUGCACACUGUGCGCUUGAUCAGCGACUUACCUGAUGGCACUCUGAGCCUGGAGGCGGGCGCGGAGACCCACACGUGGCGCUGUAUGGAGGAGGGGGCGCGACGCUCGCUCUCUCGCGCUCUGAGCGCCGGGGAGCCGUUAGCUGAGGCGGCGCUCGCUGCUUUGCUGGAUGACGAGGCGGCCGACGAGCCCGACGCCGAGCAGUGGGUGCGACGCUUGGCCGAGCGGCUGGCGCGCCUCGACGCUCUCAACGUGGCCGGGAUGCUCGCCGCCGCCACGGAAGGAGGGGGCGCGCGACUCGCCGAAAGACUAGAGGCGGGCAGCACGGCCGGGGCGCAGCUGGGGGCAAGACUGGCGAGGUACGAAUCAGCGGCGAGGGCGGCACGUGGCCCCGCCGCCCGUUCCGAGGCAGCGCGUGCAGACGCCUCCUCAAGGGCCCUCCUGGCCUACCUCCAGCGCCUCUACCAAUGGCUCGACGCGCCCCCCUUGCGGGACCUCGACUCGAUAUCCGAGAUAUCGCUGGCGACGGCUGAGGGGCGGGCGCGGGCGUUGGAGGCGGCCGAGGCGCUGCGGGGGGCGCUCCGGGGGGGCGCGGGGCUGGUGGCGGGGGCGGAGGGGCCCGAGAGGCGGCUGGGGGCGGUGCGCGAGAGGUUGCGCAGGCUGGCGAGGGCGCGCGAGCAGCUCGCCGCGGCACUCGCGCGCCAUCUGAACAACGCGCUCAUACAUCUGGGCAACGCCGCGCAAGAGGCGGCGGAGGCGCAGGAGGCGCGCCGCCACCACGCCGACCUCCUGCCCUACGCGCCCUUCAUGCGCUGGCUGAAGGACAUGGACGAGAAGGCGUACGAGGGCCUCGUCAAGGUGUACGUGGGCACGUGGGCGCGGGUGCACGAGCGCAGCGUCCGCUCCGCCUGCGAGGGGGCGCGCGCAUCGCUCGCCGCCGCCCCCCCGGAGAAAGCGGAACAGCUACUGGACGAGGUGCUCAAUUUGGUUGAGGACCUCUGCAACGCUGAGCAAGACUUCUGCACGCAGUUCUUCCACCUAGAUGUAGACGUGAAGAGCGAAAGUAGCGAUGGCGAGCGCAGCGAGAAGAGCGACGGGGGCGAUAGGGGGGAGGGGUGCAGGCGGGGGGCGGAGACGCGCCGCUUCAUGGGCGAGCUCUUCCCCACCCUGGAGAGUGAGCUGGUGGCCCUGGUAGGCCACAUGGAGCGCAACGAGCCCUAUGGUGCGAUGCGCGCCCUCGCGUGCGCUGGGCGGCGCGUUCUGGGCGAGGGGGGCCGCGAGGGGGGCGAGGAGGGGCGCUGGUGGCGGGCCCUGCUGGCGGCCGUGGCGGUGGCAGCCAAGCGCGGCGCGGACAGGGCGGUGGCGGAGCGGCUGGCCGCGCUGCCGGACGCCGUGAAGCAGGCCUCGCGCCGCCCCAAGUGCGGCGUGCUCGGGUUCGUGCACGAGCUGGAGGAGAUGGCGGCGGCGUGCGAGUCGAUCUUCGCUCGCGGCGGGCGGCGCGCCGACCUGGAGCGCUGGUACCUGGCGCUGGGCGGGGCGAUGCUGCGCGCCGUGCAGCGGGCGGACCACCCGCGAACGCCUCGCGCUGUCGUGCAGAUGGAGAACUACCACCGGCUGCACGCGGUGAUCUCGUCCCUGCGGGCGCCCGCGCUGGACUCGCUACGGCGCGAGUGCAAAGCGCGCUACGCGGACGCGCUACGCGCCUACGUCACACAGUACUUCGGGAGGCCGCUCGACAAGCUGGCGCAGUUCUUCGAGGGUGUGGCAGAAGCCGUGGCGUCGGGAGUGCGAGAGGACGAAGUCUGCUACCGUGCCGCCUUCAGCAAGCACGAGCUGCGCCGCUUGCUGGCCAUGUACCCAGCCCCCGAAGUUCGCAAGUCUCUGCACCGGCUGUAUCGCACUGUGGAGAAGCACCUGAGCGAGGAGGGCGGCCUGCUGCAGGUGGUGUGGCGCGCCAUGCAGGAGGAGUUCAUCGCGCAGCACGUGGCGCUGCAGGCACGAAUCGCGGCUUGCUACCCUGGGGCGGGGCUGGCGUUGCCGCUCAGCACCCAGGACAUACUCGACGCGUUCUCCGACAUCGCGCGCGAACAC